AUGGGACUCCGCUCCAGUCCUAAUGGAGUGUUGGACUCCACUGUGUCUCACCUGAGCUGGGCUCUGAUCUUGGGGGGCGUGGCCUACCUGCUGCAUCAAACACGUGACCCCGCGCGGUACGGACGGUAUGUGACGAACACAAAGUGGUGCUGUUCGGCCAGGCUCGGAUGGUUCGUACAGGAGGUACCAGCCUUCCUCCUACCACUGCUGCUGCUGCUAUUGUAUGAAGGGGAUAAUGUGGACAGAAGUGGACGGACGCUGCUGCUCUACACAUUUAUGCUGCACUACUUCCACAGGAGUUUCAUUUACGCUUUCCUGACUCGAGGACGGCCGAUCCCCAUCAUGAUCGUCGUCUCCGCUGCCAUUUUCUGCUCGCUGAAUGGGUUCCUGCAGGGUCACUUCCUGCUGCACUGUUUCCAGUUGGAACACACCUGGUGGACCGACCUUCGCCUCUGUGCAGGUAUUUGUCUGUUUGUGGUCGGUAUGAUCAUCAACAUCGACAGUGACCGCAUCCUGAGGAAACUUAGGAAACCUGGAGAGAUCACCUACAGCAUACCCCAAGGGGGAAUGUUCGAGUUCAUAUCUGGCGCCAACUUCUUUGGAGAGAUUGUGGAGUGGUGUGGUUACGCUGUAGCUACGUGGUCUUUUCCCACCUUCUCCUUCGCCUUUUUCACCAUCUGCUCCAUCGGACCACGAGCUUAUUUACACCACAGAUUCUACCAGAAGAAGUUUAAGGACUAUCCUCGCAACAGAAAAGCUCUGAUUCCUUUUGUUCUGUGAGGUUUGACUCUACAGCUGCUCAGGACUGAACUGCACUUAUUCAGUCAUAGUCAGUUUCAUACUCAGUUUUCUGAGCUACUUUUACUUUUAAUACGUACUACUAUGACUAUAAUAAAAUCACUCUGACAAUAUUUCACAAACAAACAUUUUCUACAUCUGCAUGUUUUGUAUUGUUGUAAUAAGAGGUGAAAAAUCACUAUAGUAACAAAAUUAGAGGUCGUCCAUAUGGGUUUUUCUAAGGCUGAUGCUGAUUUUUUUAAAAAUUUGGUCAGCUGAUGGCUGACACCUACAGCCGAUUUUUGAAGACGAUUUUUACCUGGCUGCAGGGUAUUUGUCAUCAGUUGGUCGUCCAUCCAUCCAUCCCUCCAUCCAUCCGUCUGUCUGUCCAAAAACUUCAGCAUGCAUUGAUAAGUCAGGC